AGAGAGAGAGAGAGACGACGGAGCAGAUGGGGAACAAGUCAGCGUUGGCGGGCUGUCUGAUUCCCGGGCGUUGGAUGCAGCUUCGACGGUCACCAUCUCCCCCAAGGCUACGCACUGGGCAGGCACCCGAUGCCCACUAGUCCGACGCUCCUCCUCGAAUCCUCUCCACCAGCCAGCCCUGCCCCAGUGUCCCUCCUCCCCUCCUCAGUUUGUCAGCGCCGGCGCCGCCCUCCAGGCUCUCAGCUCCCGCCGGGCACGCGUCCGGUUAUCCUUCCACCGGAGCACGACGCCCCCAUCGAAUUCUUCCCCUGUGCCUCGUGCUCGUUCCCCUCCAGCACCUCUCCUCGAUUGGUACCGCAAGCGCAGAUCCAUCCGGGCUUCGAUUGCCUCCCUCUCGCUUGGUGGUGCACCUUUUUCCCUGCAGAUCCUAUGAUUGCAAUGAAGCCUGAGCAACUUCUGUCUUGGAAACAGAUUUCAACAUUGAUCAAUCACGUCAAACAUUAGGCCACUCGUCACCUUGCAACUUCAAAGGAGAUAGCAAAGUGAUUUGCUGUCUCCUGGUAACCGUUGCCUGCAAGGCCCAGUGAUGGCAGAUGCUAGUUCAAGGACUGACACCUCAACUGUUUUAGACGACAACGACAAGAAUCAGAGGAUGGAAAACGGACAACUUGUGGCAGCUGCGCCUUCUAAUUCUUCAGAUAGGUCUGAUAGGUCCGACAAACCUUUGGACCAAAAGACCUUGCGACGGCUAGCCCAAAAUCGUGAGGCAGCAAGAAAAAGUCGGCUGAGGAAAAAGGCAUAUGUGCAACAGCUAGAGAGCAGUAAGCUGAAACUUGCGCAACUGGAGCAGGAGCUCCAGAAAGCUCGCCAGCAGGGAAUCUUCAUUUCCAGCUCUGGCGACCAAACCCAUGCCAUGAGUGGAAAUGGUAAUGUUUCAGGAGCGCUGACUUUUGACAUAGAAUAUACUAGAUGGCUAGAGGAGCAAAAUAAGCAGAUAAAUGAGUUGAGGACUGCAGUGAAUGCUCAUGCAAGUGACAGUGAUCUACGACUUAUUGUAGAUGGCAUAAUGGCACAUUAUGAUGAAAUAUUCAAGGUCAAAGGCGUUGCUGCAAAGGCUGAUGUAUUUCAUAUACUUUCAGGCAUGUGGAAGACACCUGCAGAAAGGUGCUUCCUCUGGCUUGGGGGUUUUCGUCCAUCUGAGCUUUUAAAGCUCCUAGCGAAUCACCUCGAGCCCCUAACUGAGCAGCAAUUGCUGGGAUUGACCAACCUCCAGCAAUCUUCCCAGCAAGCAGAGGAUGCAUUGUCACAGGGCAUGGAAGCGCUGCAGCAAUCAUUGGCAGAGACUUUGGCUGGAUCUCUUGGUCCAUCAGGUUCUUCAGGCAAUGUGGCAAACUACAUGGGUCAGAUGGCCAUGGCCAUGGGCAAACUUGGGACACUUGAGAAUUUUCUUCGCCAGGCUGACAAUCUGCGACAGCAGACAUUGCAUCAAAUGCAACGGAUUCUAACAAUCCGACAGGCUUCUCGCGCUCUUCUUGCUAUCCAUGACUAUUUUUCUCGGUUGCGUGCUUUGAGUUCUCUGUGGCUUGCUAGGCCACGUGAAUAACCAAAGGAUCGUCACUAUGUCUGAGUUCCAUGAGCUGGUGUGGUGAAGAAUUCUAUGGCGCACUCAUUCGCGACGAUGCAUUGCAGGUCACUGGUGACUUGGUUUUUGAUUGUACAAUUACUUUUAGCUGCUGCUUGGUCCAAAUUGUACUUAAGUGGUGUACAAGUAGGUUAAUCCUGUAAAUUAGGGUGAUUUGUGGGUGUACUAGCAAUAAUGAUUAGAGGAAUCAGGAUCAGUGCUCUGUUGUUUGUAAUGGUUAGAAAUUUAUUAGUCCUAAAUGUAAUCCUGGGACAUGGGGGGCAGAAUGGGAAGAGAGUAAUAAGAGUCUCCCCUUGGUUGCUCUGUUGGUAUUAUCGCA